AUGUCUACCAAAAAUAUAAUAAGAACACUUCUGAAUAGUUCCAAAAUACUAUCAAGACAAAAACCAUUAAAAUUUACCAAUUUAAAUUCAAUAAAAUUAAGAGCACCAAUAACACCAACUGCAAAUAAUUUUGAAGUAUCACCAGAUCAUCCAUUAUGGCAAUUUUUCCCUCAAGGUAAUAAAUCAACAUCACCAAUAAGAGAAUCAGAAGAUUUGGAUUUAGACUCAAGAGAAUGGACAAGUGCAGAAUUAAGAUCUAAAUCAUUUGAAGAUUUACAUAAAUUAUGGUAUCUUAUAUUAAAAGAAAGAAAUAUUUUAGCUAGAGAAGUUAAAUUGGGAGAAAGUUUAGGAAUGGCUGAUUUUAGACAAUUUAAUUCAGUUGAUAAUAAAUUAAUCAAAACUCAGAAGAGGAUAAAACAAGUUUUAUUGGAAAGACAUAUUGCAUUUGAAAGAUCACAAGCAUCUCCAAAUGUAGAAUUGGAAAAAAGUCAAUAUUUAGAUGAAUUUGAAAAUAAUUAUAUAAAUUGUGAAGUUGAUGAAUUAAGUGAAUGGGAUUCAAAAUUGUUGAGAUUACAAUACGCAUUUUUUGGAAUAGAACCUGAAUUGGAUAUUGAUACCUUAAGUGAAGAUAUUGAUAUAAACUUUAUAAAAGGAAUAGAGUAUACAAGUAAAUUAAAAUUGGGUAGAUAUUUAAGAGAGAAUCCUGAUACAGAUUUCAAAUCGCCAUUAAAUGGUCCAAUGGAACAAUUACCAUUUUUCUUAUAUGAUGUUGAAGAAGCUUUAAAUCAAGUAAAUGAACUACGAGAAUCAGGACAAUCUCGUGAAUUAUAUAAAAUUGAAGUUAUACCAUUCUUGAAUAAUGCUAUAAGUACUCACUUGAAAAAUGCAGCAGUUGCUAAUUCAAUUACUGAAGAAUAG